AUGUUGGUAGCACGUCUCGCCCAGCUGGAGCAAUGUGGGAGUAUUCUUCAUCGUAAAACAAAAGAAUCGUGCAAGAUCUUAGACAACAAGAAAGAAAUAACCUGGAAAGGCAUGGCUUUUCAGAUUGAUUCUGUGCAACGCGAUUUGUGUUUGGCGAUCAGCGAUCAGUUGGACAUCGAUGAGCUUGAAGUUCUUGUUCUGUUGCGUACCUAUUUGGAAAGCGAGCAUCAUUCUAUUGGCAUGCUUGAACACAAAAAAUCUCUAAAAUCUGAUGGAUUUGAUGAGUUUCUCGAUGCCUUCUAUGUGUUUUUCUUUGAGGAGCAGCUUGCGGUUAUUCGGUGUGUGAGUGCCUUGCUCCGGAUUGCUGAGGAUGCGCACAACGAGUUAUUCGACAUUGCGACCUCCGUACUUGACAAAUUUGCUGACACAAAGCUCGCACAGCGCUGUCUUAAAUGGUUUGAAGAGGAAACGUCCAAACCAUUGCCAUCAAAUGUCGCUAGUGAUACCCAUUAUGCGAUGCUUUGGGUGCGGCAGGGGCUAGAGCGACAACUGGCACUGUUAGAAGUGGCUUUUCUCUUGUACUAUGGGCGUGUUCCGCCAUGCGCGGCAUUCACAGCGGAUGUGCUUGAAUGUGCUCACCGGACGCAGUUUGGCCAACGUCAAGCGAAUGCGAGUAUUUUUGACUCAGACGCGUAUGAAAAAUGCCAAUGCAUACGUGAUCUUCUGGUGUUUUUGGCUGUCGAGUGCUUGAACUUGGAGGCUGCGUUAGAUGUUGUGCCAGAAGGUGUGUCAGCAUCUGAGGAUCCUGCCUUGGCGCCAUUUGCCUCAGACAUUGACGCCCUGAACAGGUCGAUUGCGCAGUUGGAAAUGGCUGCAUCCAAUGUAGCAUAUUCCCCUCUUCUGUUGGGAUUUGCGCUAGUACUGCGACGUUUGGAAGAGGCAGGUACACACAGCACGUUGGAUCCACGGCUAGCAGCCGCUGUAGACGUGAUGGACAAUGGUCCACCUAUUUGGCGUCGUCUUGUCCAGGGUGCAUUUGACCCUAGUAUGGAACUGUAUGGCAUGCUUCGGGCACUUGUUUCCUCACCUCUAUUGGGUACUGGCACUCGAACGCUGGGUGCGUCGAACUUGUCUGCCCUGGCGUAUCGGGCCGUUUUCAAGGGACUAUUGCUUACUAUCACAGACCUUGUGCAUCCAGAAUACUUCACGGAUAUUGACACUCUUGUUGAUUUGUGGUGCUGCACAUUCCGUGCGAAGGCUGAUGAUGUACCAGAUGGCAUUGCGGCAUUGUGCACCCAGUUUUGGACCCAAGAUAUUCAGUAUCCUACUCGUGCAUCUCUGCUGAGUCUGGCACGUCGCCGCUUUCCUGCAAGUUUCCGUCCGCUUGUGCUCCUCAUGCAGGCCUUGUCGGGCACUAUGCCUGGCUCUUCUUCACCUGAAACAGCCAUGGCUGUCAUUGAUUUUCUGGCGCACGUGUCCUCGGUAGCUCUUACACUACCCAAGAUUGCAGCGAGCUUAGCUCCUUGGCAGACUAUUGACGAGCUUGAAGCACCGUCGGUUACGUAUCAAUUACGUUCUGACAUGCAAAUUUCGUCGACGCGAGUCAUCCUGCCAGCAGGUACGCGUGGCGUUCUCGUGUCGCCGCCUGGGGAAGUUCCUGCGAUUGUUUUAUGGCAGCCUGUCGAACCGAUUAGUGCUUGGCACAUUCUUCAUGAUGCAUUGCUUGCGCGUGUCAGCACUCCAUCACGACGACUUGAUGCAUUUGAAGGCGGUGACGGCCCAUGGAGCUUGUCGCCUGACUGGUCCAACUGCACGGCAUCGUUGGACAUUGAAGUGGCAGGACUCUUCACAGAUGUAUUGCAAGCUGAAGACUCAAUUGGUGAAACUCUCUUGUCACACCUUGGUGAACAUGAGGGCCUCGUCUCCGCCGCGCUGGGUCUUGUGCGAGCCGCUCUCACGAGCUCGCCGUUGGGUGUACGUCGCCUGUGUCAUGGUUAUCGUCUCUUGAUGGCUCUGCUCCCGCAUCGCUCAAAUGAAAUCUGGCAGUGGAUCCGCUCGACGAAUAUCCUGAUCGGCAGUCCUGGCAUAGUCCCACUCAGUGAUGUGGAAUCGCCUCACUCUGCUCUGCUGGCACAUGAAAAAAACACAGGCACCUUUACCGGCACACUUUGCCUCCUCGAUCUACUAUAUGCGUUGCUAGAGCAAACUCAAUCUUCUCAGUUUAUUGAUCCUCCUCAACUUGUUCAAGUCAAAGCGUCUGUUCUUGCUCGAUCGUUUGCUUGGGUUGCUACAGACAUAUGGAAUGACCACCGCAAUUGGACAUAUAAUGAUAACAGUACAUGGAUGCAAAUCAGUCUAAAGUGCAUGCGCCUAUUUUCUGCAGUUCUUGGAGAUCCUUGUCUGAAUCCUUUGAAAAAGCCAGACACACCUCUGCACAUGGAUGCUGUGCGCUCUUUGCAUGAAGUUGUGGAGCGCGUUUUGGGUGAAGGUGCAACGUCUUUGACACUUGCUCCGAUGCUCGUAGCCCUCGGUACAGGUCAUGCACGCAUUGACGCAUUAUACCGCUCGGGACAUGCAUUUGCUGCGCGUCUGUUGGAAAGGCUCGUCGAGACUUGCUUAUCAACUACCAGUAUGCUCGUGACGCGAUCCCAACGUUCGCAUUUGCUCACGACGCUUUUUGUCAGCGCAGCACCGGAUGCGCGGGGAACGCUUGCGAGUGUGAUUUUGGCAUACAUUCCGGCGGCUGUGCCGCCCUCUCUCGCCACAGCUGCUGCCCACCUCGUAACUGAUAUUGUACGAGCACCUGAUGUUGCAGCGCUACGUCUCGCUGGUCAUCUUGGCUCGACGAAUCAAGUCGAAGACGUUGUGGGUUUGCUGCUAGACGUACUGGAAAAUUCAUUUGCGGAUACUAGCUUGCGCGUCGCUUUGUGGCAGAUGUUCAGCGCGUUUGUCUCUUCACAACCUGCUCUUGCGACACUCUUGCUCACGGGCGCACAUUUGGCUCAUGAUCAUGCAUAUAAACCUAGUGAUUCAUCAGCAUUGAAGCGUACGGCCCUACAGCUGGCAGUAGAUUCAUUGGUUUUAACUGAAGACCUAUGGACUGUUUGUCCCGAGUUGCUGGAUGCUAUUCUUGGAUUUAUGACGGAAGCUUGGGAACACGCAGUAGCGCAUCCAAUUGUCUUUGGUGCUCUGCGCAAGCAGCCAGAAUUUUGGGACCGACUUGAUCGCAUCAUUUGUAAGAAGGUGCCUGUUCCACUGCUAGAUUCGUCCGACUUAUUGUUUGAGCAUGUUCAAAAUGAAGAGGCGACACAGUAUGCCUUCCAACUGGAAUGUCAAGCUCGUGCGCUACGAAUAAUGGAGCUGGAUCUUUGUACUUUGAAAAUGCCACGUCAGUCUUCGGGCUCAUCUUGUUGCAUACGUGUUCUGGAAGCAUUGUGCAGUGAUGAGAAUCGCUUUAUUGAAAUACUGCACCAUGCAAUGCAGACGAUGCCUAUGGCUGUGCCCCGUUCUGUGGAACAGCAUGCCGGGUCUCUCGCCCGGGAUAUACCAUGGCCCAUUCUUCGACAUGCUCCUCGCCGUGAUGACUACGAUCGGCAGCGUAUAUAUGGACCUUACUACAUCUAUCAUCUUCCGUCUGUACUACUUCGGAGCCAGACGACUACAUCGGCUGACGUAGAGGAGCUCGCGUCUUGUGUGGGCUUCACUUGGUCUAUCGUGGACGCACAGGCUAAGCGUGCUCGAGCAUGGACCGACUGCUUGGGUGGUGUCAUGGCUCAUCUUCUUGCGCAAGCUGAGGCACAAGGCUCGGCAAAAUACGAAGCACUUCAACGGUCCUUGAGCCGCACUGUGACUCACAUUGGUCCACUUGCAUUAGCAGAGGAUCGCUCACAUGUGGUACUCUUACUCGCCGUUCUUGUUGGUGCGUCGUACAUGAAUUUGAACAAAGAAACUCUAUCGCAGUUAUGCCCACUUGUUGCUCAGUUGUGUGAAUAUCCCGCGUACAAGCUGCCAUCUUUUGCAUCUCAGAGUGUCCGCACGCCUUUGGUUCAGCUUAUGCUGACUGUUUCGUCGGCUUGCCACCGGCAAAAUGUGUCUGAGCCAGCUUUAAGCUCCAUCCUGUCUUACGCAAUGGAGGCACUAGUCCAACUUGAUUCCCUCAUUCCAUUUCUCGAUGCGCCAGUUGAUGAAGCGGCACGCGCAGCUGAAGCUGACUUGGAUGUUCUCAUUGCCUUUCUGCGCACAUGUAUGACUACUGAGACGUCUGUACCGAAAUCCACGUGGCUGACACCAAUGCGAGAGACUUGCAUCAUCCCCGCAGCCGCCAGUAUCCUCAGAUGCGCGCCGCUGACUCCUGAGCACAAUGGUGCUGGUGCGCCCCGUACACACAUUAGGUUUUUCAUGCCCGUGUUGCGCUUGAUUGAAGCGCUUUCGGCACAGCCAGUCGCGUGUGAGCUUGUCGUGCAGGCUGGUGUCGUACGCGCCCUGUGUACCACGGCUUUGAGCGCGCUUCUUGAGCAAGGCGCACUAGAUCCUGUUCUUCCCUCGGGAGAUCCACAUCCACUUCACGUGACAUGGCUGCUAAUGCUACGUACGGUUGUUCGACUAGUGGAGAACCUGGGCUUGGAGUCGCGAGCAUAUCUUGUUGAUGCAGAUGUGCAAGCAUUCGUAAACAUGUAUGCUUUGCAGAUCCGCCGUUCCUUCUUGUUUUCGCCUUUGACUCAACCUUCUCCUGUGGAGAUUGGCCAGCUUCAUGAGGUCUGCAUGGUUUUGCGCCUCUUUCGCAGUAUGUGGAUGGCUAAAGCACAAGGUGCCAUUAGUAGCGACUCGCCAAUGAGCCGCGCGAGAAGAAUGCCUCUGGGCGAGUACUUCCUUCAAGAUAUUCCCCUGCUCUUACAGCAAAUUGCAUACGUUUACAACCAUCCGAAAGAACUGCUGACUAUGCUUGGCUUGACAAACCAUGCUGGUGCCCCCACGGAGUCACUGUCAAAAUUUGCUCAGCAAACCGUCAAAGAAGCAUUGGCUCUAUUACUUGGGCUAUUGUGGGAUAUAAGUGGCGCAGAUGCCAUUCUUACAUUCGAUAAGGAAGACUGGCCGAUGUUGCCAGCUGUGAUCCAGCCAUCUAUGCAUGUAGCGCCGCAUGCGCCAGCAUCUUUUGGUACUUUGUUGCAACUUGCCAGUGGUCUUACGGAAGAUACUAAGCAUGAUCAAGACGUGUGUGGGCUGUUAGAACAAUGCGUAGGUUUAUGCGUGACGCAGGCGAUGGUGUGGGAUCAAGGCCCUGUUCCUAUUUAUGCAAAUGAAUGUGUUCAAGUUGGCAGAGACCAAGCGCGCGCGGAAUUGGAAGCUGGUCUUGGUCGGGACAUUGACGCUGCUAUCCAAACAGCAUCCAACGCCAUCCGGAAUCCGUGGUGGGAUGUUCUACGUGCUUUCCAUGAACGAUGCACUCGUCCAAGAAGCUCAUAUAAAUAA